AGUUGUUUGCCAGACGUUGCUUUGAUCGUGCAUGAUUGGUCAAGGUUUGUCACCAAGUUUACACAGCUGCAUCAAGAAUUUUACUAAACAGCAACAGUGGAUAAAUAGCAGAGUGAACCUCUCCGUCCGCCACAUACCUUUACUCUGUACACAGCAUCUGAUACACCACAAGAUCUUCAAAUCCUUUUCUCCAUUGAGUACACAAUGAAACCACAAUCCAACCGGUCCAACUCGAAACUAGAAGAGUCCCUCAGAGCUACUCUCCGAUCAGCAUCUAGUAUAACUCGUCGUAGACUUCUUGGAGAUCUUGAAGAAGGUUGCUCUCACAAUAUGAAUGCUUACUAUGAGCGCCUAAAGAAUAUGGUACCAUUUAUUCCCCUGGAAAGAAGAGUUAGCAAAGUGGAGAUCUUACAGUACGUGAUUGACUACAUACAAGAUCUACAAAACGCACUAGAGGCAAACUCGUCUUUACGCUCUCCUACGUCACCUUCUAGUCSAGCUAACAGAAGACCACUCACUUCUAUUUCACUCAAUAAGUCAAUAAAUAAGAUGUAAGUGAACUGGGAAUCUCUGGUUUUUGUCUUUUGGCAUUGAUAAUCAAGAUGCAAGCGAAUGUAUUGUGUGCCACAGCCCCUAAAGAUCUUUCAAGACGUAAAAAAAUAGGAAUGUAAUGAACAGAGGCCUGGCAAGAACGGAAAGCAUCAACAUAACACUGAACUUAUUCCACGGUUACAUCGACCAUUCACGAAAUUCAUAUUUCUGUGAUUCCCCAUAUUUUACUUUCUUUUUUUUUUUUUUUUUUUUUUUUUU